AUGGUGCUUCUCUUGUUGAGCAACGUGCUAAGCAAGAGGUUUCCUGUCCAGCGAAGUCUAGUUUCACCCACCGGAAGUGUGACCGCCUCCAUCCUCGAUUACAGAAUUGAGAAUGGCAGAACCUAUCAUCGGUACAAAGACGGCAAAUACAACUUGCCCAACGAUGACCGCGAAAACGAAAGACUCGAUUUGCAGCAUACCAUGUUUCUGCUCACCUUCAACGAUAAGCUAGGGAAUGCACCUCCGAAUAAUCCUGGAGCAAAGGUUGGUCGUGUCCUUGAUGUUGGCACGGGUACAGGAAUUUGGGCUAUCGAUUUCGCCGAUGAGCACCCCGAGGCUGAAGUUCGCGGCAUCGACUUAUCUGUGGCCUUUCCGGAAUAUGCACCCUCCAAUGUCAAGUUUGAGAUCGCCGAUUUAGAGGAACAAUGGACUUUUUCCAGGCCUUUUGACUACGUUCACAGCAGGAUGAUGAACUCCUCGGUUAGCAACUGGAGGGAAUAUAUUCAGGAGUGCUACGACAAUCUUAGUCCCGGUGGCUAUUUAGAACUCAACGAGAUCGACUUGAUGGCACUCUCAGACGACGGAACAUUGAAGCCAAACCAUACACUCCUGAAAGCAAGCCACUUAAUCCAGGAGGCUCUGCGGAUCAUUGGCCGUCCAUAUCAAGACAUCAAGGAGCUCAAAUCCGUGCUAGCCGAUGUUGGGUUCGUCGACAUUAUCUUACAGCAAUACAAAUGGCCUACCAACAGUUGGCCGAAAGAAAGACGCCACAAGGAAUUGGGUGUCUGGAUGAAUGAGAAUCUUCAUGAAGGCUGGGAGGCCAUCUGCAUGGCGCCACUGACCAGAGUCCUUGGCUGGACCAGGGAGGAGGUGGAGGAUCUGGUGGCACAGAAUCGUCAGGAACAAGAUGAUCGGAGUAUUCACGCAUACUACUCGAUCUGGUCUAUCUUCGGAAAGAAGCGGGAGGACAGGGUUCUGGUAUGA